UUUUUUAAUUUAAUAAAUUGGAAAAAUAGGCUGAUAGUUGCAAUUCGCGAAGUCGCAAGUCGCUCAAUAAUCUAUGGUUGACAUCUAGAUUGAGAUUAAAUUUAAAAUUGUAUAUUUGGCCUUCGAUUUCAAGGGCUCAAACUAGUUUAAUAUCUUUCGUAGUUUACUUAAGUUAAUUUGUUUUACCGUAAUCAUUAAAAAUACUAAUAUUUUAACAACCUUGAAAUUGUAUAAUCCAAUAAUAAUAAAAUAAAUAUAGUGAAUGUUGAUACUUAAUACUAUAAUAAUGAAGCACUACCUAGGUAGUUGUAUUUGGUGUUAAUACAAUAAUCAUGUAAAUGAGUGGGAAAAACUGAAGAAUCGUGAUUCUUGAGUAAAAUAAAACAAUAUGGCAUUAGUGGAGGGAUUUGGUGAUGAAGUUAUUCAGUUUUUUGGAAUACUAUUUGUUGUUGUGCUAAUUGUAUUGUUAUGGAUGUCUACACAAGUAGCCGAAAUGCAAAUAUUCCGUGGUGCUGUUUUCAUUUUGGAAAGGCGUACAAGAAGAAGACACCACGAUACUGCAAGAGCUGCGCCUGUAAUUCCUAGUCCAGCAAUAACUGAACAAUCAACAGCUGAAACAGUUCCAUUAAAUGAUGCAAUUCAAACAAAUUCAACUUUGAGCAAUGAUAAUUCUCAAAAUAAAAGUGAUAAUCCUACCACUGCUAAUAGUGAUGUAACCAAAACUGAACAGUUAAAUGAAUCUAGUCAAAGUGAUAGUACCAAUGAUAUUGAUAAUGAACCACAGAUGUAUGAAGACUCUAUAAGAAUACGACUUAAAUAUUUAAAUGAUAAUUGUCGUUUAGUUCAAGGAAGGCUACAAGAAAAUGUUGGUGUUUUCAAAAGGAGACAUUUUACCAAUGAACUAUCAUCAAAUAAAAUUAUUCGUUUGAUAUUUCAAGGAAAAGUAUUACAUGAUGAUGAAGCAUCACUAAGUAGUUGUGGUCUUCAUGAUAACUGUGUUGUACACUGUCUUAUACAUCAGCCUCGUCCUACAGCUAAUGCCCAACAAACCCCUGAUCCUGUAAACCAUGAUACUAAUGAGCAACCACUACCAAAUAUGAUACGUCAUGGUCAGCGUCAACCUGGACCAGUUCAACGCGAAUGGAAUUUGGCAACAUUGUUAUCUGCUUUAAUCACAAUAAUAAUAUCAUUACUGUGGUAUGCUAGAAUCCAGUUUUACACAUUUUUCUCUUAUACAUCUACGGGUACCCUGGGAAUAUUGACUGGAAUAUUUUUGUUCACUGCCUUUCUUACUUAUUUGGUGGAUAACGAAGAACAACAACAUCAUCGACCACAACUUGGACAUUAAUAUGUUAUGUUAUAUUUCAGUAUAUAAAAUCAAAGUAUGCACAAAAGCGGGUCUCAAAAUAUUUAAAAAUGUAUGUAAUAAGGUAUUUGUAUAAAUACAUGGUGUCCAAUUUAUUAAGAAAAUUUCAUUUGUUUUUAUUUGUUCUACCAAGACACUAAAUAUUAUUUUUUCUUAUAAUUUAUCUCUAUAAAAACUAGUUAAAUUUAUUAUUUAUGUUUUACUUUUUUUUAUGGUUUUUUAAAAAAAUUGACCUCAAAUGCUUUGUUAAUAUGCAUGAAUCUUGUUAUUAUUCAAUUUGAAAAAUAAUUAAAAAAAAACAACUUAAGAAAUAGUAAUAAAAUAGUUUUCUGUACUAGAUAUUUCUUCUUUUCACUAUAGACAAAAUUAAAUGAGAAUACUUUUUACAUUGUCAUAAAAUCUAUAAUUGAUCAAAAUUACUCAAUUCAUGCUAAAAAUAAACAAUAUAAAUUUACAUAAUAAAUGUCAAAGAUUUUAUGUAUUAAAACAAAAACUAUUGAUACUAUAUAAGCUUUAUUUGAAAUUUAGUUAGUAUAUUUAAAAUAUUAAUAAUUGACAGUUUUUUUUUUAUAUAUAUUUAACUGUUAUUAAAUUUAUUGAAUAUAAUUUGUUAAUCUAAUAAAGCUAAUUUACAUAUGUCCUAAGUAAACCAUUUAUUUGAUGGUAGAAAUAUGUUUUGUUUUUUCUAACACUAGUUUUAGAAACAUUUUAAACUGUAUUCUAUUUCAGUGAUUUUUAUUUAUGUAUGAUGAUAUUGUGAUUAAUGAAGUAAGCUUGUAAAAGUAUUUUUAAGCACUUAAAUGCAUUUAUAAUAUGUAAUACUACUACUAUAGGUGUUAUAUUUGCUGUGAGAGAGAUUUAAAAAAAAUUGUUUUAUUACAUUUUAGACUUAAGGGUAGAUACUUAUUAGAUACCUACUUUAUAAAUAUGUAAACUUAACAGUUUUCAAAGAAUAGAAAUAAAUAUUCUUCAAAACAAAA